GAGAAAAAGGGUUACAAAACCCCGUGUCCUCAUUUGCCUCCAAUUAAAGCGUCCGGUUAUAAGGAACCGCUUUUCCCCGCAUCGAUUAUUUUCAGAGCGAUUCCUUCGGAUUUUAUAAACAAUCGGGCCGCAGUUUGUGAAUGUUGGGUGCGAAAUUCUCCUCUCGGCUUCCAUUCGAAACAUGAGGAAUUUAUUCUCUUUCCUCCUUCUGGCGUCCGUUCUGACGACCCUCUGCAGCGCCACCGGAAGAAAUCCAAAUCAACCGAAUCCAAACUCUAAACACAUAGAAACAUUUUCCAGCAGAUAUGCACUUCCCACAAAUGAUCCGGCCCUGAUUGCUAAAAUGCCAUUUACUUUUGGAUAUCGCUUCACUGACGACUAUGGCACGAUGCAAGCCAGGGAGGAGAAGACAGACCCCAAUGGUUCCAAAACAGGAUCGUACAGUUUCGUCGAUGCAUCCGGAAAUUACCGAAGAGUCGAUUACGUGGCAGACGUCCAUGGAUUUCGCGCAACUGUGAGGACAAAUGAACCAGGAAUAUUUCCUGAAAACCCGGCCCAUGUUAGAGUAAGCAUUGAUAACAGCAAAAACCUCGACUUGCCCAUCCAGCAGAGCAUCAAGAACUCACCUCAGUUAGAAUACAGUAGUCACAUCCUUUCCCACUAUAACCAUACCACCAAUCAUGGACAGGGCAAAGGAGGCCUACUGAGAUCACAACAAAAUACUGGAUUUGGUUACAAGAAACAACCCCAGGAUAAUAGGGGUGUCUUCGCAGAGGACAUUCCUAGAAGACCUGUGCCACAAAACGAGCCAGUGUUUCGGAAGAAUGUCAAUUAUUACAAAGGCAGCCCCUUUCCAGAAAGGCAACCAGUCAGAGCAGUGUUAUUAUCAGAGCUGGAAUUACCAAAUCCUGAAACUUAUCCUGAUAGUCAGAGAUUAGGUCCCAAAGAGUUCUUCAACAGCCCAAGCAUAAAUCCUGAUUUCGGUUUUGAUGAUAAAAUUGCCAACACCGGUUAUGACAAUAGCCCUACAUUUUCUUUGAUUCCGAAUCCAACAAGAUAUCCCAGGAGGCUUCGCGAUUCUAGAACGAGGAAAAGGCAAAGAUAUGAAUACAAAAUUCACAUUCCACGUGGCUAUGAAAAUCAUCCUGAUUUACCAUUGUACAGGGACAAGUAAAUUCCUAAUUGUGUUUAUGUUGUAAACAUAGACAUUUUCUUUAAACCAGAUUCGAGUCAUAACUGAGUUGGAAAGGUGUGGAUUUCUGAAUGUUGUUAUUUCGUUCGCUGUGAUAACAUUAGAAAUGUGUAAGUAUUCACAGGAAUGGUUUAUUUGAACAAAGCAACAAUAAGUGGUCGGCAUAUCGACAGCUGUGAGGAAACGUGUCAUUUUAAGCCAAUUUUUUCUGGCAAAUGCCAUGCGUUUGUAUUUAUUGUACAGAAAACUGUGGCCAUAGAGGAAGAUUUAGUCGUUGCAGAACAUUUUAGAAUGUAUAAGUUCAUAAAAUCACACUACUACAGGUUUGAAAUUUAAAACACUUUCUUGCUGUCAUAAGACUUUUAACAUCUCGAACAAGUUUUAGAUAAGAUCAUUUA